CAUCAAUCAACUUUCCACCAUAACAUCCGCAACCACGACCAAAACAACACAACACAGUACAGUACAACAGAAACUACUCAGUCUACUGCUUACUUACCUAAAAACUUUCUCACCACUCUGAUUACCUCCUCUCUACAAUCUACCACCUCACACCACCACGACAACCUAAAAUGGACCCCCGCCGACAACACCACCCAUCCCAACCACCACCACCACUACAACAAACAUCAACAACAACAUCAACACACCUCAAACCACCCUCCCACCACCCCCAGCAACGCACACCCCCCUCCCCCUCCCAACCUCACCACCACCGCACCCCCAUAACCGCGCACCCCAGCGCCACCAUCUCCGAAAGCCUCCUAAUCCAAGGCUCGCACCCCAUCUCCAUCGGAGCGAGCACAAUAAUCCACCCUCGGGCAAGAAUCUACUCCUACGAAGGGCCAGUGAUAAUCGGCAACGGAUGCAUAAUCAGCGAGAAGAGCGUUAUCGGCUCCGCCCCUACCACCUCCACAUCCACAACAUCUACAUCCACAUCAAGCGGCAUUGCCAGCAGAGACGAAGGGUCGAUUCUGCCCAUCCGCAUCUCAAACAGCGUGAUAAUCGGCCCAGGGGCACAGAUCCUUCCGGGGGCGCAUAUCCAUAGUGCGAGUUGUGUGGAGGCGCGCGCGGUGAUUGGGAGAAGGGCGGUGGUGGGAUCGCAUUGUCGGGUGUGUGCGGGCGUUGAGAUUGCGGAUGGGGAUGGGGUUGCGGAUUGGAUGGUUGUUUGGGGGGGUGGGAAUAGGAGGAGGAGGAGGGCUGUGGGGAGGGUGGAGCCGAGUAAGGUGGUUUUUCCUGCUGGUGCAGGAGGAGGAGGGAAUGGUAUAGGGGGAAAUGGGUUGGAGGGGAGGGUGAUUGAGGAGGCGAGGUUGAUGGUGUUGCAGAGGGAGAGGGAUGCGUUGGUCAGGUUGAUUGGGGGGAGGAGGAGAUGA